AUGGCUGCCAUGUUUUCUCUCCUUCAAGUGCUACUACUAGUGCUUGCUUUACAACACAGUGCAGUUGCUACAAAUUGUAAAGAAAGAGAGAGACAUGCUCUUCUUGAACUCAAGAAAGGCUUCAAAGAUCCAAGCAAAAGGCUCUUUUCAUGGGAGGGACAAGAUAACUGCUGCAUGUGGGAAGGUGUUCAGUGUGACAACAAAACUGGAAAUGUCAUUGGACUGGACCUAAGGAACACAGUCUCAUACUACCAAGAAGUUGGUGAUCUCUAUAUUAUAUCUUCAAGGCUUGAAGGAGCUGGCUUUAAGGGAACCAUUCCUUCUUGUUUGGGGAAUCUAUCAAGUUUGCAAACUCUUGAUCUAUCAAACAAUGGAGUUUAUCAAUAUGAACCUUCUCAUCAAUGGCUUUCUCAUCUUACUUCAUUGCAGCAUCUUGUUGUGAGUGGUGUCACCUUUAGCAGCAACUCAUCUACAAGCUUACUGUUAGCUCUUAACAAGCUUCCUUCCCUGGUGGAGAUAAGUUUGUCUGAUUGUAUGCUUGAAAGCAUUCCUCUUUUUAUUCCCAUUCUCAACUUCUCAUCUCUCUCCAUUCUUGAUCUCUCUGAAAAUAAUAUAAAUUCCUCUAUGCCUGGAUGGUUUUUCAAUCUCUCCAUACUUGAAUAUCUAGAUCUCACCAGCAAUGACUUUCAUGGCAGAGUUUCUCAUAACUUGGUCAACAUGACUUCCCUCAAGAGUCUCAACUUGGGAGUUAAUGACUUCAGUGAAGAUGCUAUACCUGAAAGCAUAGGCAGCCUAUGCAACUUGGAUACUCUGGAUUUAUCAAGGUGGAACAUCAGCAAGAGAUUUGCUGAAUUUGGUGGUGUUUUUUCAGGAUGUCUUAGGAACAGUCUCACUCAUUUGCAUCUAAGUUCUGCAUCUCUGAAAGGAAUUAUACCAGAUUGGAUUGGAGACAUCAAGAACCUGCAGGUUCUUGAUCUGUCAAACAAUUUUCUUUAUGGUUCUGUGCCUUCAUCUCUUGCAAGAUUGUCUUCUCUUCAGGAAAUGAUACUUGUUUCAAAUGAGUUGAAUGGGACUGUGCCAGAGGAUAUUGGAAAACUCUCAGAGCUGGUAAAUCUAAAUCUUGGUGAGAACCACUUGAAUGUUGUUUUAUCUGAAACACAUUUUACUAAACUUGAGAAACUGGAAAUAUUAUUUCUCUCCUACAAUCCCUUGGUUUUCAAUGUGAGUUCUCAUUGGAAUCCUCCUUUCAUUCUUAAAACAUUGAGAAUCAGCUCUUGUUCACUGGGAACCCAAUUCCCAACAUGGCUCCAAACACAGCAUGAACUGCAUGCGCUAGACAUGUCUGAUGUUGGAAUUGCUGACACAGCACCAAUCUGGUUUUGGAACUUAACUACUAAGCUUUUCAGUUUAGAUCUUUCUCAUAAUCAGAUUGAGGGAAGCAUUCCAAAAACUUCUAGUUUUAGAGACAGUUUCAGCAUUGAUCUCUCUUCCAACCGGUUUUCCGGAACCUUGCCAGAGUUUGGUUCAAUUACCCGAAUAUUGGAUCUUUCAAACAACACAUUCUCAGGGCAUAUUCCUGCAAGCAUUGGGGAAAGAAUGCCGGACAUGUUCUACCUAUCUGCAUCGAUGAACAAGUUGAGUGGCAGAGUUCCUUCUUCACUCUGUCAAAUGAAGGGAAUGGGAGCUGUUGAUCUUUCCAAAAACCAAUUAUCCGGUGAACUCCCUGAUUGUUGGCUCAACUCUUCAGCACUGCAAAUUUUAGACUUCUCAAACAACAAUGUAAUUGGAGGCAUACCGGAAUCAAUUUGUGAUAUGCCUUCUUUGACAUCAUUGCACUUGAGUAAUAAUAACUUGUCUGGGGAGUUCCCUGUUUCUCUAAAGAAAUGCAGUGGGUUAACUGCACUUGAUCUCAGUCACAACAGUUUCACUGGAAGCAUACCAACUUGGAUAGGAGAAAGUCUGUCAAGUUUGGACAUUCUCAGCUUAAAAUCAAACAUCUUUCUUGAUCACAUUCCACCAGAAAUUUCUCAGCUCACAAGUCUUCAAAUCUUGGAUUUAUCAAGCAACAAUCUUUCUGGUCCUCUUCCCCGGACUUUGGGCAACUUCAGUGUAAUGCAAGUACCUCAGAAGAUUGGCAAAGGACUGAGGAAUGUACAAGAUUAUAAAGAGAGUUUGUUACUCAUCCUCAAGGGAAGAGAGGAUGAGUAUAAUAUAAAGCUUCUUUCACUUCUGAAAGUCAUAGAUUUUUCUGGAAAUCACUUGUCUGGUGACAUUCCUGAAGAUCUAACAAGUUUGUAUGGUUUGCAGGCUUUGAACCUCUCAGGAAAUUACUUAGAAGGUGAGAUUCCAAACAAGCUGGGUAGAUUGCAGCAAUUGGAAACACUAGACUUGUCAAGAAAUGAGCUCACUGGAAGCAUACCUUGGUCCUUCUCAAACUUGAGUUUCUUGAACCAUUUGAAUGUGUCUUAUAACCACUUGACAGGAAGAGUACCAUCAGGCAAUCAAAUGAACACCUUCACAGACCCCUCCAUUUACAUUGGAAAUGAUCUUUGUGGAUUCCCACUUGGAGUGGAGUGUGCUAAAGAUGGUGAAAGAAACAGGGAAGGACCAAGUGAAGAAGAGGAUGAUGAGGAGGAUGAUGUGAUGUUAUGGUGGUACAUUGGAUCAACGUCAGGGUUUGCAGUAGGAUUUUGGAGUGUUUGGGGUGUUCUUAUCUUCAAGAAGAGUUGGAGGUAUGGCUGGUUCUAUUACACAAAUAUAGUUUGUGGCAUGAUCUAUGUGGCUGUUGUUUUGAGCUUUGCAAGGAUCAAGAAGAAGAUGAUGAUGCUGAUGAUAUUCAGGGGACGUGAAGGUUAA